UCUGCAAUAAAAAGACAAUCACUCAUCAAUACAAAGUUCAGAUUCCACAUGGGAAUUUUAUAAGAAUUGUCAAAACCAAUUUUAAAUGUUUCACUCCGAGAAGAUGAGGAAAAAUAUCUAGUCAUUGAAAGACAUUCACGGUUUUCACUAUUCAAGAAAGGAAAUUGAUAGUGACUCUCGGUUUUGCUCUGACCUGUGUACCCACGCAAAUUGAUAUUGGAUUAGUUUCAAUGCCGUUCAAGAUAAUGUGAGAAAACUCUUUUGAUUUGUUGUAGGCAACUAAUGGGAGAGGAGCUGUCAGGCCUAAGUGUGACGGACCUCCAAAGUUUAGAGAAUUGUCUUGAAAUGAGCCUACGUAGUGCCAGAAUGAGGAAGGACCAUCUUUUGAAAAGUGAAAUUGAAGAGUUACAAAGGAAGGGUAGCCUAAUUCACCAGGAAAACAUGGAACUCUGCAGAAGAGAGAAUCUCAUGUCACAACAAAAAAUGGAACUACAUAGAAAGGCCAGUGAAACAAGAGGUGUUGCUAAUGCAAAUAAAAGCUCUGGCACUACCUACAGUUUUGCUAUAGCACAAGAUGCAGAUGUCCCUGCUAAUAUUGAACUGAGCCAAUCACAACAAAAAGAGGGAGAGCAAUGCAAAAUAGGGGCUCCAGAACUGGGCACACUUCAGCUGCACUAAGAAGAUGCAGUACAAGCUGGACAAUAUCAUGAUGUUCCACAGAUUCCAACACGCAAUGUGCCUUUUGGUUGUAAUGAGUAUUUUGUGCCAUAUACUAGCUGAGUGAACAAAUGGUUUGUGUACAAACUACGAUAGGACCAGUUAUGUUAUCUGAGGGCAGAGGCUCUGCUGUAUUGAAAAUGCAACAUAUUUGUUAUUGUAAUGACUAAU